UGACCUUGUUUUCCUUUCAUUCUCUUCAGCCACUCUUCUUCACGCAUUGUCGCCUCUCAUCCUCCGUCCGGACUAGACGGCGCUGACCACAAGGGCAAGUAUUCGGAGUUCCGCCACCUCCAUUGCCGGACGUCUGGUCGCUUCAGAGUUCUACGAACGUCUUCGUGCUUCUCUCUUCAGUCGGUCGACACCGUCAUCUCUCAUGUAGUCUCGUUCAUUCUUAUCUUCUUUCUCAUUGUCUCUGAGUUUGUUCUCUCCAGCUUCGAUUAGCAUUCUGCAGAUUCAGUCCUUCAUUAGGAUUUUUUAGUCCAGCUAUUCUACUUCAGAGUUAAGUACCUUGUUAUGCUUGAGGCAUAUUUAUGAGACCGAGCAUUGCAUUAUAGAGAGUGCAAGCAAAAGCAAGAGUUCGAUCCACUCUUGUAUUAGUAAGCUUCGAGCUUCGAAUCUUCCCAUGGAGGCUUUCACUCAUGUCAGCGACAUGUAUGAUGGGGCACUCAAGCCUCGCUUGCUUCAUACCCUUAUCAAAGACCACCUUCCUGAUGAGAAGCAUCCCUUUUCGAAUCCCUCAGAGCUUUCACGUGUUGUUUCCAUUGUCAGAACUCACCAUCUCCUUGCUGAAGCCAUCACUGACGAGAUGAACCAAAAGCAAAUUGAGCGAUGGAAAUCGGCUGUUGAUUUGUGGGUCGACUGCAUAUUGACUCUCACCUCCAGUGACAUGCCAGAUAAAUGUUGGGCAGGUAUCUCUUUGCUGGGGUUUACUUGUCAAGAGUGCAGCUCUCCUCGUUUCCUAGAAUCCUGCUCUGAAUGGUUUGAGAAGUUGCUACAGUUUUUACAGUCGCCAGCAAGUUCCCAUUUUGUGAGGGUGGCUUCCGUUGCUUCGAUGUCUGAUUUAUUUUUAAGGCUGAGUGGAUUUCCUAAUGUUAAAAAAGAUGGGUCUUCCUUUGCUGCAAGAGUUGUUCAACCAGUUCUGAAGCUGUUAAAUGAUGAGAGCUCAGAGGUUAUAUUGGAAGGUGCGCUGCAUUUGUUAUGUACAAUAAUGACUUCAUUCCCAUUUGCUGUUCAACGUAAUUAUGACAGUGUUGAAUUUGCUGUUGCUUCUAAACUUAUGUCAGGAGGAUUCAGUCAACAUCUGUUGAAGAAACUAGCUUAUUCCCUAGCAUUGCUUCCAAAAUCAAGAGGAGAUGCAGAAAGCUGGUCUGUGUUGAUGCAGAAAAUUUUGGUCAUAAUAAAUGAUCAAUUGAAUCAUUCCUUUCAAGGUCUAGAAGAAGAAACCAAGCGCUAUGAAUUUGUUAAAUUAUUGGUUCCACCUGGAAAAGAUCCUCCUGCAGCUUUAGGAGGCUAUAUAUCUGCUGAAAAAGCAAGUUAUAAAGCAACAAAAAAGUCUGAGCAGUCAUCAGCCUCUAUUGUCUCUACACUUUUGCAUUGUUGUUGCACAAUGCUCACAAAUUCCUAUCCCUUUAAGGUAAAUGUUCCUGUUCGCAUGUUAUUGGUCCUUGUUGACAGAGUACUGAUGGUGAAUGGAUCUCUGUCACAAAUGUCAAUGCCCUUUGUGACUUCCAAGCAGCAAGAGGAUAUUUGUUCUGAACUUCCUGUUUUGCACUCAUAUGCCCUGGAAUUGCUGACUGCUGUUGUGAAGGGUGUGGGCAGUCAACUGUUACCACAUGCUGCCUUGACCGCUCGAAUAAUUACAAUGUACUUCAAGAUGUGUGCAUUGCCAGAAUUAAGAAUCAAAGUCUAUUCCAUCGCAAGAAUUCUCCUUAUAUCCAUGGGUGUUGGAAUGGCUUUAUGCCUUGCACAGGAAGUGGUCAACAAUGCCUUUGUUGAUUUGAGUACCAUCAGGAAAAAGGGUCCUGGCACAUCGAGUCUUUCAAAUUCAAAUGCAGCUACUAAAGCAUUGCUACAGCCAAAAAGUAGAAAAAGGAAGCAUAAGAGUAUGACAGGUUCUCUUCAGCAUCAGGAGCAUGAUGAAGUUAGCUUUUCGGCAGCAGAUGCUCCAAAGAACUAUCCAGCGACUCCAAUUUCUCUGAGGAUAGCUGCGCUUGAAGCGCUUGAGGUUCUUAUCACUGUGGGUGGCAGUUUAAAAUCUGAAAUAUGGAGGUCAAAAGUUGAUAAUCUUUUGAUAGUCAUAGCAGUUGACUCAUUUGAAGGAUGGGUCAGUGAGGAAAUAAAUACGUUUGAGCAAAAGGAGUCUGCUGUUACUUCUGCUGAUUUGCAGCUUGCUGCAUUACGUGCUCUUUUGGCCUCGUUCCUCUCAUUUUCUCGAGCACGACCCCCACAUUUAGCUCAGGGUCUUCAACUAUUCCACAGAGGAAAACAACUAAUUGGAACGAAACUUUCUGAGUUUUGUGCCUAUGCACUUCUAGCAUUGGAAGUGCUCAUACAUCCAAGGGCACUUCCAUUGGUAGACUAUUCUGUAAGUCGUAAUUCUUUUGGUGAAGCUCUCAGUAAUUUUGGAGAUGGCUACGCUAUUGGCCAGAACAUAAGUAACCCUUUUAGGUCUCAGCAAGUGGGAUACGAUACUCCUGAAUCAGAUGAUGAUUUGUGUCAAAAGUGGCUGGAGGAUGGCACAGAGCCAGACGUGCCAUUGGCCGAGGGGGCAAAGCAACCUGAAGAGCCUUUUGGGAUAUCUAGAGAUAAGGACCCAUCCAGCACCAAAGAGCCUGAGAGGAGCAAGAUGUCCGAGACUGCCACUUGUGCAGAUAUUGAAAUGACAACUGUUGAGGAUGAAAAUGUCAACAAAUCAGACCGCCCUGGUGAAUCUGCCAUGCAAUUUCACCCCAUACCUUGCACAAGCAUUUCUCAUGCUGAAGCUUCUUGUAGAUCUGUAGUUGUUGAGUCAGUUCCUGAGAAGAUUGUUGCAGAUAGCACAGUGCCUCAUACAGGUAGUAAAAUGGAAUCAAGCCAAGAAGCCUCCAUCGGCAAAGACAGUGAAUCAACUUACCUAAGCGACAGAAUGCCAAGGACCUCAGAUUUGAACAAGGAUCAGGGAUUUGCACCGAAAUUGGAUCAUGAUGGUUCAUCUGACGAUGAUGAUGAUUUACCUGAUAUUGUGGAUGCGGACCCAGAUUCUGAUUCCAGCUAGGGAAAUCUGCCAUGAAUCCAAAGUUUCAUGAGGAAGACGUAGUGUAGCUUAGGGUCAUUCUUUUUGUUUUCCCCCUCUCUGCUUAAACAAACAUGGCUCUAAAUUUCUUAAACAGGUAGGAAAUGGGGACGUAUAAAUCACCAGAGCCCAAGGCACAGAUAGUUUAGUGACAGCAAAUUUCUACCAGGCAGUGCCAGGCGUUUAA